ACACCGGCUCCCUAUGACAUAGCGCACGUCGCGCCCUCCCUGCAUCACAGCCCGCAACGAUGCAGGGCUUCAACAUGGGGCGGUACUACCUGCCCGAUGCCUCCAACCCGCCGAGCUUCAAUAACAACUCGCAUCCUCUCGGCAAACGCGCAAAUAAGAUCUCCCAGGGCAUCCUCACUGUUCGCUUCGAGCUUCCCUUUGCCGUGUGGUGCGACCACUGCACUCCUCCGGCCAUCAUAGGCCAAGGUGUACGUUUCAAUGCCGAAAAGAAGAAGAUAGGCAACUAUUAUAGCACACCAAUAUGGAGUUUUCGCAUGAAGCACAGUGCUUGCGGUGGAUGGUGGGAGAUUCAGACCGAUCCAAAGAAUAGCGAGUACAAAGUCGUCGAGGGUGCGCGGCGACGAGACUACGGGCCGGGAGACAAAGGACUAGAAGCUGAGGGAGAGCUUAAAUUCUUGACCGAUGAAGAGCGCCAGAGACAGAGGGAAGAUGCUUUUGCGAGCCUCGAGGGAAAACUAGAAGACAAAAACGCGGAAAAGAAACACAGAGAAAGGGUGGAGGAACUCUACGAUCAAAGCGAAGUCUGGCGAGACCCAUACGACGUGAACGCACGUCUCAGGAAAGACUUUCGCGCGAAGAGAAAGACUUGGAAGAAGGAAGAUAUGCGAAAAGAGGGUAUACAAGCAAAGUUUAGUCUUGGAUUAGAUAUUGCGGACGAGACAGAGGCAGACCGGACGCGUGCCGGCUUGGUCGAUUUUGGUGCAAGCGCCUCGGGCGACCGAGAACUCGAGCAACAGUCGUGGAAACUAAUUUUCGAGGAGAAGGACACUACCAAGGCUAUUAAGCCCAUUGCAAAGACAAGAAAGCUCAAGGCAGAGUUAGCAGCAGAAAAAAGCCGACAAGGGUUGCAACAAACGCUGAUUGGCAAUACGCGAGCAGCAAUUAACCCUUUCCUAUCAAAAGACAGCGGACCGGCGUCGAGAAUCAACCUAGGCAUUUUAAAGAGGAAGCGAGAUGCAUUAGCUGAAGAAGAAGUCUCUACAACGUUGCCAGUGGAAACUGGUGAUACGACUUCAGCCAAGAAACCUGCUUUGCUAUCAGCACUAGUAGGCUAUGACUCAGACUAAAUAACAUGGCGCCACAACAAAGAGUUUGAACAUCGCCACGGACUCCGAGCUCAACUUUCUCAUACUAUGCAUCUACUAGCGUUUAGGCAACUGGUAUAUAAUACCCCAUUUUCCAUAUCGAAGAUAAUAUUGUCGUUAAUAACUAUACUUUAAUUUUCAAGAGCCGUUCUCUUCGUACUGACACUCCCUCUAAGCGUCGACAGGUCAUACCGAUUUCUUUGCAUUUCGCGUGCAAUAUUAUGCAUCGAUGCAUUAGUGGGAUGGACACAGCGAAUAAUAGACAAGCUCUUCCCUAGCAUAUUCUCAAACUUAGAUAGUAAUGCACUGUAUUAAAUGACAAGAUAGUCUCUCAUAUCGCAUACUUAUUAUUUU